GCUCCCACCAACCUACCCUGUUUCAAGGUAAAAUAGAGCAGCGACCGCAUCUUGAAACAAGUUGGGAUCCACGGCUAGCUUAGCCUACAAAUAUGUCCGCAUCUUCCAUCUCACUCCUCGUCGCAGACACAAGUCCCAGCUGCUCUGCUUCACUCGUCAUCAUACACAUAGCUUGCAGAGAUGGCGAUGGCUGGCAGGCUGCUUGUCCUCCUCGCCAUUGCUAGUCUUCUUGCCAUCUCCAUGGCCGAGCACGAGGUGCUGGCCAGGGGAACUGAGGAGCAUGACGACAAUGUGUACCGAGUGAGCAAGGGAGGACAGGGCAGUCUCAAGAGCUUCCAGUGCUCGCCGCAGUGCGCGAGGCGGUGCGCGAACACGCAGUACAAGAAGCCGUGCCUCUUCUUCUGCAACAAGUGCUGCAACGCCUGCCUCUGCGUGCCGUCGGGGUACUACGGCAACAAGGGCGAGUGCCCCUGCUACAACAACUGGAAGACCAAGCGCGGAGGCCCCAAGUGCCCGUGAGGAGAGAGGAAGGUUUCCGCUCCCAACGCGCACGUCCUGAAUAACAGGAGACAGAUCGACUCCACACACACACACACACAUCUUGCAAUUCUGCUCAUCUGGCAGAACCAGAACUAUACCUGUCUAAAUUAAAUCAAGCUACGGCGCAUUGUUUUGCCUCCUGAUUAGUUCAUGAUUAAUGCCACUGCUUGCUUAGCACGGCCAGAACCUGUGGUUAUAUGUAUGUAACAGGUCUGGCUGUUGGCAAUGCCACUGUAAACCCUUCAUUGUAUCAUCAGCCACCUCGAAAAAUUCUCGCUAAGGCCCCAUUAGGAACAAAGGAAGAAUGGAGAAAUUUUGAAGGAUUUGAAUCCUAUUGGAAAAAUUCCUAUGGAGCCCUUUGGAACAAAGGAUUGGACCGCUAGAAUUUCUAUUAAAUUCCUAUAUAAUGGCUUCUUUCAUAGGAAUUUUAGAGGAUUUCUAGCAUGAGGUCCAACCUCAUGAAAAAAUUACUUUGGUUC